AGGGAAUCACGCGGGAGUCAGAAAAUCCUGGUAGUCAUGCGCUAAUCCGGUAUUUAAGGUCAGCCCUGGUUUGGGGGGGAAAGAGAGAGAGAGUGGGUCUUGAAUGGGCGCGUGGAGAGGGGUCACUCGUACUCAUCUGGCUGAGAAACCCUGAUGUGUUGAAGUGACGCCAGUUUAGAUUUGACAAAAGUUAACCAAAAAGUGUACUGCGGGUCAUUUUUCAGAAGGCCACAUCAGCUGUGCGUAAAGUUUGCCAACCCGUUUGGAGGAUGUGGAAGUGCUGUUUUUUGGUGCUCGUGGGCUCGUGCGCUGUGAGCGCUCAGUUCCCCAGAGAGUGCGUCACACCAGAGGGACUCAGGAGUGGACAGUGCUGUCCGUCGCCCCCCGGACUCGCUGACGACCCUUGCGGCUCCGGCGCGGGGCGCGGACAGUGUCGGUCCGUGUCGGUGGACGCGCGCCCGCACGGGCCGCAGUACCCUCACGACGGGCGGGACGAUCGGGAGAGAUGGCCCAUCCGGUUCUUCAACCGCACCUGCCAGUGCAACGGAAACUUCAGCGGCUACAACUGCGGCCGGUGCAGACACGGGUGGACGGGGGCCAACUGUGAUCAGAGAGUUUCUGUCGUAAGAAGAAACGUGAUGCAGCUCAGCACGGACGAGAAGCGCGCGUUCGUGAGCGCGCUGGACCAGGCUAAGCGCACCGUGCACCCUGAGCUCGUGAUCGCGACGCGUCACUACUCGGACAUCUUCGGCCCCGACGGGAACACCAUGCAGUUCGAAAACGUCACCGUCUACAACUACUUCGUUUGGUCCCACUAUUACUCGGUCAGCAAGACGUUCCUGGGCGCGGGGCAGAGCAGUUUUGGGGGCGUGGACUUCUCCCACGAAGGCCCAGGUUUCGUCACUUGGCACAGGUUCCACCUGCUCCAGCUGGAGAGGGACAUGCAGGACAUGCUGCAAGACCCCUCCUUCGCCCUGCCCUACUGGAACUUUGCCAUGGGUGGGAGCACAUGUGACAUCUGCACAGAUGACCUGAUGGGAGCCAGGAGCAGUUUUGACAUGAAUUCCCUGAGUUCCAACUCCAUCUUUUCCCAGUGGAGGGUUGUCUGUGAGAGUGUUGAAGACUAUGACACACUGGGGACCAUCUGCAACAGCUCAGAAACCUCUCCUAUUAGAAGAAACCCCGCAGGGAACGUCAACAGACCCAUGGUCCAACGUCUGCCAGAGCCCCAGGACGUGGCCGACUGUCUGCAGGUUAACACUUUCGACACGCCGCCAUUCUACUCCACCUCCUCCGAAAGCUUCAGAAACACCAUCGAAGGCUACAGCGCCCCCAAGGGGAACUAUGACCCCAUCGUGAGGAGCCUCCACAACCUGGCCCAUUUGUUUCUGAAUGGAACAGGAGGACAGACUCACCUCUCCCCCAAUGACCCCAUCUUCGUCCUGCUCCACACUUUCACCGACGCAAUAUUUGACGAGUGGUUGAGGAGGCACGGCCCAGAUCUGGCCGUUUAUCCGGAAGAAAAUGCCCCCAUCGGUCACAACAGAGGGUACAAUAUGGUGCCCUUCUGGCCUCCGGUGACGAACUCUGAGAUGUUUGUCACUGCCCCCGAAAAUCUGGGAUACUCUUAUGAAGCUGAAUGGCCAGGCCAAGCUUUCACUCUGACUGAAAUAAUAACCAUUGCAAUAGUAGCUGCCCUUGUUGUCGUGGCAGUCAUUUUCGCUGCCACAACAUGCGCCGUGCGGGCCAGGUCUUACAAGAUGGAGGGCCACCAGCCUCUGCUCAGCGAUCAAUACCAGCGGUAUGACGAUGACAAAAGCCAGUCCGUAGUCUGAAACCCUGCUCUGACAUGAGCCACCCUGACGUGCCUGUUCUCUUUCAAUUUCAAAACUCUUGUUUGGUCCGUGUCGGUUUUCACUGGAAACAAGCCUUUUUGUUGGUCACUUGUCCCAAGAUUAGAAAAAAUAAUAAUACAGCUCAUACAUAAAUGGUACAGAAUGUUCAAUGAAAUACUAUUUUACAUUUUCUACCAUUUUUCUCAAUGGGAAGGUAAAGAUUACUCCAAUUUAUUAAAGUAAGACUAUAAAGAUUAUGAGGAUCAUCUCAAUGUAGUGUAUAGAAAGUGGAGGGUAUGCAACAAACUGGGAUGUGGCCUUAGAAAUAAGAUUAUUAUUUGAUUUUACAAUACACACACACAUACACGUAUAGAAAAAGGCCAUGUAAAUGGACACAGCAAUAGACAGAAAACACACUCCCCUUGUAAGGUAGCAGCAGUGCCCACAAGGGGGUGCAGUAGUUUUAAUUUCUGAAUUUGAACAGCAUUUAGUCAGAGGUGUGCUUGCCUGUUGCAUUUGAAUUGAAAUGCUGCAAAUGAAUAAAAACUCAAAUAAAUGGAGGUCGUGAUUCAGAAGAAGUGUAGCCAAAAGUCGAGUGUCUUCAUUUACUUUUGUCUGUUUUUUUAAUUCGAAAUUAAAACAAACAUGUUUUUAAUUAUU